AUUUUAUGGUGCUAUUUGGUUCCUGUUACUCUAUUAGAUUAGAUCAGUAGACUCUAGAGACCCGACUAAAUACUAUGAAAAUAAUGAAUUUGUCAUGUGACCCUAGGCUUGAUAAGUAGCAUGUCUUGACGCCAGUGUUCUUUGCUAAUGCUCUGUACCUGUGCAUUUAAAUUUUCUGGCAGGAUUACAUCACACAUUUUAACUUUAUUGGCAGAUGUCACAAUUCCUGAUCUUCUUGUAUGCUAUAAUUAAAAUGCUGUAUAUGAUUUGAAAUACAUAACUUGAAAUUAAAGUAAAAUGUGGACGUGCAUAAACAGUUUCUCUCAUUUAAUGGAAUAUUGUACAAAAAUGUUUGAUAUUAUUUAUAGAGAGAUUGCUUUCAGUAACUACAACUUACCUAUCAUCAGCCGGAUUUUUUUUUCAUAAGAAAUAUAAGGUGUUUUAAUUUAUACCAUUUGAUAUAACCAGACACUUUUUUAAAAAUUUUUUUAUUUAUUAUUUUUUUAUUCACUCAAAUUUUUGAAUUUGCAUUUUUUUCACACAUAUUGAUUGUUCAGAAAUAUUUUGCCAUAUUCUUUCGACUUUGAUGAAUGUUACUGCUGUUAAUGAGUAAUAAUAGGUAUGAGUAUUUGCUUAAGGUCAGUUGACAGUGAUAAAUUGUUUAUGAAAGUAAUCCCUUAAGGCUGGACUGUUAUUUCUUAUCCUGAGAAAAAUUAAACAAAAGUAAUAAGAGAAUGAAAUUAAAUGAACAGAAAAAAUAAUUUGGCAAAGAGUUAAUUGCAAAAUAUUGGUUUAAGUAUUAAAUGCUCUAUUAAAUGGUAAUUAUAACUGUGCAACUACUUGUUUCAUAAUUAUAGCCUUGAGUCCAAGCACUCACUUAAUAUUCAGAACAACAAGUUGACCUUACCAAUCUUGUUCAUAUUUUCCUGGAGGCAGCUGUUGAGUUAGACUGCACCACCCUGACGUCUGCUGAUACUAAUAACUGUAAGGUGGCAAAACUUGAAUAUUCUUGUUGCUUGAAGACGGUUACUAUUGCGUCUUAAUAUUGAGUGUAAGAGGUGUUUUUCUUCUACUGAUUAAUAGUGCUUCAUACAGUAACAAAGAACGACAAGAGAGAAAUUGUUUUGGCAAAGAAGAGGUAAUAAAGAAGAGGAGAAAUCAUGAAAAUAAGAUUAGGAGUUGCUGUUUACUUUUUCAUCUUUGUCCCCAGCCACUUCUGUUAUGCACAAAAGGAAGAGGACUUUCUUUCCCCUAGUCCCCCAGCUUUGUGUCAUCGGCCAGCUGACCCUGGACCCUGUAGAGCGCUUCUUGAGCUUUGGUUUUACAACUCUGCUACCAAGGCAUGUCACACAUUUUUAUAUGGGGGUUGCCGUGGAAACCUGAACAAAUUUUGGAGUAAAGAAGAAUGUGAGCACAUGUGCAAAAGAAAGGAGACAGACAAAGCAACAGUAAAGAAACUCCUGCCUCCUGCUCGCUGUAUGCAGGAGAUGGCAAGCGGUCCUUGCAAGGGAAGAUUUCAGCGAUGGUAUUUCAACCAGACAACAUGUCAGUGUGAUAUGUUCUACUUUGGCGGCUGCUGGGGAAAUAACAACAACUUCGUGACAGAGCAGGAGUGUGCAAGCAUCUGUGUCACCGACAAGACAUGCCCAGGGAGUAAGAUAGUCGAUAACUCUAACCAUGAUGGAUCUCUUGUGACGUCCAGCUGCAAGUAUCUCAACAUGGCUAACAGUGCCUGCCGCACACCUGUGAAUUAUGGCACAUGCCGAGAGUCGCACCCUCGUUACUUUUACAACCCCCAGACUUGCAUGUGUCAGAUGUUUACUUGGGGUGGCUGCUCUAAAGGAGACAACCAUUUUGAAACAAAGGAUGACUGUCAGAUGUCAUGUGAACAUGCAGAUUGCGACAUGGAGAUUCAUGUUGGACCACGGAACUGUACAGACCACUACAUGAUACGCUAUGGGGUAGUCCAGGGGACCAUUGGACCAGUCAGGAACCGGGACACUCUUAGUUGCCAAGCCUUUAUCUACAGUGGGUGCAGCAUGACCCCUUAUCGAGGAAACAACUUCAAAACUGUCCAGGAAUGUAGAGAUAAGUGUCUGUGAAGAAUCCAGAAACCAAAGAGACAAAAAUACUUCCCAAGAAUUAUAUCGUUGAAGACUAGACUAGUCUAAGCUAAGCUAGGUUAAACAAGACUGUUAGAACAUUUACUGAUCCUAUGUAUUCCACAAAGAUAACCAUAUUGCAAAUGGUGUUAGAAAUAGGAAAAUUACCAAACUUUUUUUUUUACUUUUUGCGAGAAAACCAUAUGAAAAAGGAUUAAUGUUUAUUUGAAAAUGGAAAGCAUGCUUUCACAAUAAGUCAAUUUUAGUAUUAUGUCUUUUAUAUACAUUUUGAUUUUUAUUGGAAUCAAGUAACCCUUGCAGUAAGUGUAUUCUUAAUGAAAUAUGAGAGUUGUUUUUGUUAAAUAUUGUAAGCAAGCAUAUUUUUGCUGGAGGACAUAAUAUACAUUAUGUGAACAAGCACAACACUGCUUGUUUCUUGGUGUGUUUUAUAUAUAUUAAUACAUGUAUAUAAGAUAUCAUACCCAGAUGCAUUGUAGAAUGAAUUAUUUGAUUAAUAAUUUAAAAAUAUCUGAUUAAUUUUUAAUUUAAAUGGUACCAAUAAGAUACUUUGUGUUCUAAUGUUAUCACACUUUACCUGCAAAAUCCCCAAUAUGUUAUUUAAAAACAUUUUAGGAAAAUAUUUCAUUAUAUGUGAUAGAGCUCAGUAGUACAUUUAACACUUAAUAGGGCAGUUUUAUUUGUCUCUUUAAGCAGGUGAAUUGAAUAAUGCUUCUGCACAUCUCAUCACAUAGAAGUAAGUUUCAUUGCAAAUAUCUGAAAUUUAAAUUGAUGAGAGAAAAUCUGUUGAAAUCUUUAAAAUUUGCAAAAUAAAAAAGUCAAUCACAAAGCUUUGUGGCCAUACAAUAAGAUUCUAUAAUUAUUUUUCAACCUGUGCUACUCC